UUCAUUUUCAAUCCCUAAAUCGACAACCAAAUCAUUCAAUGAAAUUUUAGGGUUUAUAAUUCACGAUGACAACUACAUGGAAUAUACGAACAAACAAUAGAUUCAAUCCUACAUGAAAUUUUAGGGUUUAUAAUUCAAUGAAAUUUUAGGGUUCGAAACAUUGAUAAUAGUAAAUUAUUAUAACUCAAUUUAAUCUUAUAAUAUAUAUGGAAACUAGAAGCAGCAGGAAGAAAUCCCUGGCACCUGUAGCUAUGGAGUCUGCGGGAUCUUCAGAUAAUGAUAAAAGUGUAAUUAUGACGAACCUCCCUAUGUUUUUGUUUUUGAAGGCACUGAAGAGGGGGUUAGUAAAUUUUGACAAGGUCAUCAAGGUGCGGUUUCUCCACCGCAUGGAUUACACAUAUACUAGGGCAUGCAUUCUUGUGAUGGAAUCCCGUGAUGCGGCAAAAAAGAUCGUGAAAAAAUGGGAAAAAUCUCCGGUCCAUUUCAAGAAUAAUAUAGAGGUCAAACUGGAAAUGUACAGUGAAACUCUCCAUGAGCUUGUGAAAGAAAAAGGAAGGUAUAAGGCAUGGGCUAAGCUAAAGAGUAAACCGGGUGAGGCGUACCAGGUUUAUGAAAAGCUGGAGUACCUCUUACAAAGUUGUUCUCCCACAGAUUACCGAAUCUAUAAGAUGAAAGGCAAAUGCACGGGGCAUGUUAAGCUCCGGUUCAAAACGCAGGAUGACAAGGACAAAGCGGUUGAGAUUUUUGAAAUGACAGGAUCAGAAUGGAAAUUUCGCGGUUAAGAUAAAGGGCCUUGUUAGUCGUAUCAUCUAUGAUAUGCCUUACGGUGAACUUAUGAUUUUGUUGCCGCUUUUAUUCCAAAAAAUUGCUGCUGUGUUGCCAGGGGUGGAGACUCUUUAUUUGACAUGAUUUUGGAAUCUACAACAAAUACGAACCAGUAAGAUCAGCAAGGCGGAGGCUGUGCAUGCUAUAAACUUCAACUAGUCACAUUCACUUCUAAUUAUUGGAUUUUGGAACAUUUCUUGCGCCUUUUAUUUCUUGAUAUUUCGAUGUGAUUUAGACUAAACCUUUAUUCCUUAGGUUUGUUAAUGGGUGAUGAAACCGGCAUUCUGUUAUUUGGUACAACACCAUAUGCAUAUUAUGGUAUAUAGAUCUAAGUUUUCCUUGAAA